AUGUUGAGAUUGAUGCCGAGGAUGUUGGCCUUGAUGGCGGUGCAGAGGCACACGGCAGCCUCGAGGUCAACGAGUCCGCUGAUGAGGGAACAACAAGGUUCACUGGGCGGCUUCCCAAGUUUCAGCUUGAGCAGGUCGAGUACAUUCGCGCACACGCCCAGCUUGAGAGCGUCCCUGGGGCAGGAGGGGUAG